GUGUCAAUGCUGAGCAUGCGCAAAACAAAGAGACAGCGUGGGUGCUCUUCUAUUUGAGAAUCAUGUACAAAGCCUCUACUGUAUAAAGGCGUUAACCCUACGUUUUCUCGUGGACGUUCCAGCCAUGGACGUAGUAAGGCAAUUCUCGGACGAGAUGAACACUGUUUUAGAGGGGAAGCUACCUGUGUCCCGGGCUAAGAUGGCGUCCAUCACUCGGAUAGCUUUAAAGGCUGCGAAGUUCUACAAGCACAUCGUCAUGACAGUUGAGAAGUUUUUGUCCAAGUGUCCCUCUGAAUACAAGGUGCCUGGGCUCUACGUGAUUGACUCCAUUGUGAGGCAGUCUAGACACCAGUUUAGCAUCGAGAAAGACAAUUAUGGACCAAGAUUCAGCAGGAGCUUUGAGAAAACAUUUCUACACCUCUUUGCCUGUCCUUCUGAAGAUAAGCCCAAGAUAAUUCGUGUGCUGAACCUGUGGCAGAAGAAUGGUGUGUUCUCUCCUGAGGUCAUUCAACCACUCCUAGCUCUGGCUCCCAGUCCUGAGGACUCUCCUAGAAGCCCCCAAGAGACUCCUCCCACUAAAAAGUCUGCCGCCCCGAUAAAGUCUGCCGCCCCGAUAGAAGAUGGAGGCCUUGAUCUCAAUUCGGCUAAUGCUAUUAUCCAGCAUCAGCAGACUCAGAUUCAAGCACUUCUUCAACAGCAGCACCAACUACAGAACCAGGCCAGCACAUUACUAGGACCAGCCUUGCAAGGCCUGCUAGCUCAGGCCAAAGAUAACGUGGACAUAACCUCGCUACUUAAGCAGACUCAGGACCUAACUGCAACACAGGAUUUAUUGGCAGCUCAAGACGCUCAAAAGUUGCCAGGAUCGUCCCGAACCAAUGGAGACCCUCCUCCUGCGCAGAUAAGCAACAGCCGGCCAAUAACCUCUAACAGGGAGCAGCAUGAAGAAUUCAACACUGCCCUCUUGGAUGAUUUUGACUACAGUGACGAUGACGAUGAUGAGCCAAACAAACGAAAGAGAACAACAGAGACAAACAUGGAACACCAACAGGAGCCCAAGAGAGACUCGACUGACCAUCUCCUGGAGGAGCUACAAGAGCAGUUUAUACGACAGGAGUCAUCAAGAGUAGAGCAGCCUCCUCCUCCACACCAACUUCCACCCCCACUCCCACAGCAUUACCCUCCACCAUCAAGGCCUCAUCCACCGCCUAUCCCCCAACACCCAUACCCACCGCCUGAUAUGCCACUCCCUCCUCGGAUGGGCGGUCCUAAUCUACCACCAUUGCCACCGUUUGACUACAACCAUCGAGGGCCUCCUCCGCCAUCACACCCUCCACACUAUCCCCCGCCCCCUCCACAUCACCCACACCACUCACCACCCUCUCCGUACAACAGGAGAGGAUACAGAUCACCCCCUGGAGCAUCCAUGAGAGUUAGGAGGCCUCGUUCACCCAGCCCAAUUAGGAGGCAUUCUGGAUCGUGGCGAGACAGAGAUCGGGACAGGGAUCGAAAAUCACCAUGGAGACGGUCACGUUCACCUUCUUUCAGGGACAGGAACGACUCUCGAUCAAAAACCUCACCCCACCGGUCACCACGACGACGCUCAGAAGACAAUGAUCGAUCUCGAAAAGGAAGCAUAUCACAUAAAGAGAAACAUGUUACAGUAUUGACCACAACCAUUUGGAUGGGUCACCUGGCUAAGAGUGUGACCAAGGAGCAGAUUGCGGAGGCUUGCAGUGACCAUGGCCGGGUUCACAGUGUGGAUGUGGUCAAUGCAAGAGGCUGUGCCUAUAUUGUCAUGGACUCCAGACCUGAUGCUAUGAAGGUACUCAAUGGAUUGAGAGAUGUUAAACUAAAUGGCAGUGUUUGUAAGCUGGCAUGGGCCCCUGGUAGAGGAGUGAAGGGUGGAGCAUACAGGAACUUCUGGAACCUAGAUGAUGGCGUGUCAGUGAUUCCAUGGGAAGCCGUCUCAUCACAGAGCGAGUUGGUCAAGUUUACUGACGGAGGGUGGAUUGAACCAAGCACAUGCCCACCUGGGAUGAGCCCACCAGAGCCCACCAAAGUUGAUGUCUCUCAGCCUCCUCCUCUGUUUCCCCCAGCUGGUGGGCCUGCCCCUCCUUCCUUCCCCCCUCAGGGCAUGCAUCCAUUGCCACACGGCCAUCCAGGUGCUCCACCACCUUCCAUGUACCAGCUCCCACCACCAGUGAGUGGAGGACCACCAUUCCCUCUGGUGCCGCCUCAGAAUAACUUACCCUCUCACAUGCCUAGUGAUAACAAUACUGUGGACAUGCAAAUAGCUAGCUCGCCUCCUCAUGAGCUUUAAUAAUUAUUAAAUAAUUACAGUCCACCCAUGUUCCUUUUUUUCGUUUCUAUGGUGGACAUUGUUUAUAUUGAGUGACUCUUUGUAUCAUUCUGACAACAUG